CUCAGCAUGGAAAUUCACUACAUCAACAACUCUGUUAUACUUAUAAAUAAAUGGUUCAAUGCCUCAGGUCGGGAAGUGACCAUAUUUAAGCAGUGCGAACACAUGCCUGCCAUCAUCCUUUUUUAUUUGGGCUUGCAGUUUGUUAACAUGUUCUUGGGAAUCCCAGCCAACUUGAUGGUUUUGUGGCUUCUGCACAAAAACAAAGCGGACUCCUCGACCUCAGACAUCUUUAUUUGGCACCUGGCUGUUCUGGACACCCUCUUCUGCCUCAUCCUGCCGCUGGAAUUGGCCAACAUCAUGUACCUGACGAGCAGCAGCCCCUGGUACGUGCUACGCUUCUUCUACGGCAUCAAAGACUCAUCCCCAUUCUUCCUCUCCUGCAUCUGCUUGGACCGCUACAUGGCGGUGGUGCAUCCCAUUACCUUUGCGGCGCUGAAGGACCGCCAGCACCGGUCAGUGUGCGCCGCGGUUGUGUGGGUCCUCACACUGGCUUACGCGGCAGCCAAGUGUGUGGGAACCAUCGUAAAAUUCGAGAAGGCUUUCACUGUCAUGAUCCUGGCCACCUUCGCCGUCAUGCUGUUCUGCAACCUCUCCAUACUCUUCACCCUCCGGCACUCUGGACCGGUUCGAGACGUGAUGCACCCAGUCAAGAAGAAAGCCUUCAAGAUGGUCCUCAUCAUCCUGACCAUCAUCAUUUUCAACUAUUUGCCUCCUGUGGCGCUCUUUCCAUUUCAGGAGUACUUCUCUCACGAUGUCUUCCACUGUUACAUCCACUACAUUGCCUUUGGACUCAUGGAUAUCAGCAGCACCAUCCAGCCCAUGCUGUACCUGUCAAAGGAGAAGCUGUCUUGCUCACCCAGGUGCUGCUGUAAAAGGUGCUUUGACCAGGAGAUGCAUGAAGUCUCAACAUAAAACAGCAAAGGUUUUUGGUUUAUGUCUAGAUUAAGUUUUUUCCGUAAGUACUGUUUUUUUAUGUUACA